UACACCCUCGAUGACUUCUGGAUAAAUCUGAGAAAAUUUCGAGAGCUUUCUCACUCUCUCAUCCCAGACCAGAACUCAAGACUUUAGAGUGAGAAUGGCUUCAGUUUCAUUAUCCUCACCGUCGGCACCAUUUUUGCAUUUACCCAAUUCCUCCAUUUGUAAUGGCAGACCCCAAUUGUUUGUGCUUUCUUCGCCUUCCUCAAAUUCCUUAAAGUUACAUGCCCUGAAAAUCUCUCGAGGUUCCUCUUCCAGAAUUUUCGCUGUUCCUGAAGUUAUUGAGUCCAAUGCUGCUUCUGAGGAUGAGGCUCCUGCCGCUUCAACGCUGAGUGUUGGUGCAGAUUCUGAUAAAAUGGCGCCUAAGCAGAAGAUUAGAAUAAAACUGCGGUCUUACUGGGUACCCCUGAUAGAAGACUCUUGCAAACAGAUUAUGGAUGCUGCAAAGACAACCAAUGCAAAGACCAUGGGUCCGGUACCAUUACCAACCAAGAAGAGAAUAUAUUGUGUUCUCAAAUCUCCGCAUGUGCACAAAGAUGCCAGGUUCCAUUUCGAAAUUAGAACUCAUCAGCGCCUUAUUGACAUUCUUUAUCCAACUGCCCAAACAAUAGACUCACUGAUGCAGCUCGAUCUUCCUGCUGGCGUCGAUGUUGAGGUCAAGCUUUGAACGAUAGUACUAAUUCCCUGCUUUAUCUGGUAACCUUCAAUUCCUCUAGCCUAGGGAGUGAGACUCAAAUCUGAAUUCAGGCAAAUACUUAGUCUGAUGUAAUUUUCUGUACAAUAGUUAAAAACUGUCGCGUUAUUUUACUUUCCAUAGAUAUUAUUCUGCCUUUGCAAGUAACUAACUAUUCUGUCGAUUGGUCUAUGGUCUACAAUAUUGUCUUUAA